AUGGAGGAGGAAGGCAGGGUGAACGGCUUUGGACCGGGCCCAGGGAGGAGGCGCUCUGACUGGGGUCGGAUCGCCCUGCUGGACAAGACCAAGGAGUUCUUCCAGACCUGCGAUGUGGAGGGAAAAGGCUUCAUCACCCGUACUGAUAUGAGGAGGCUCCACAGAGAGCUGCCUCUGUCUGCAGAGGAGCUGGAGGACGUGUUUGACUCUCUGGAUACAGACCGCACCGGUUACCUCACGCUGGAGGCAUUCUCCUCUGGAUUCAGUCAGUUCCUGCACGGCCGGAGGAUCUCUGUGGCCGACGAACAAAAUCAGGCCCCCGGCCCUGUUCUAAGGGCGAAGGAAGCCUUCUAUCAGAGCCAAUGGGAAGCCAAGCUGUCGGCAGUUGAAGACGAGGAGGAGGGGCACUUCUGCAUGCUGAUGGAGAGCCUGGGGGCCAGCAAUGUGUUUGAGGAUCCAGGCGAGGUGCGCAGUCUCUGGGCUCAGCUCCGGCGGGAUGAGCCUCACCUCCUGUCCAACUUUGAGGAGUUCCUGUCCAGAGUCACCCAUCAGAUCAAACAGGCCCACCAGGAGAAGACAGAGAUGGAGAGCGCCCUCCAGAGGAAGGCUGCAACACAUGACAGCGAGAUCCGUUAUUUAUAUGAAGAGAUGGAGGCGCAGAUCAAGAACGAGAAAGACCGGCUGAUACUGAGGGACUCUGAGCGUCUUCAGUUACGCAGCCAGGACCUGGAGCACCAACUGUUCUCAAAGGAGAAAGAGCUGGAUCAUCUCUUUCAGAAGCAGAAAAGGUUAGAGCUCCAGUGCCACGAGCUGAACAGUGAGAAGCAGGAGAGCCACGUGGAGAACGUCAAGCUGAAGAUGACCAACGACGAGCUGUCCCGAGCCCUGGAGAACACCAGCCAGGAGCUGGUGCUGGCCCAGGACCAGCUGGCCAUGCUGCAGGACCAGGCCUCCCGUCUGCAGCAGGAGAAAGAGAUGGAAAUGUACAGAGUAACUGAGGGACUGCAGAGAGAGAAGCAGAGCCUCAUGAAGCAGCUUGACCUCCUCAGAGAGAUGAACAAACAUUUAAAAGAUGAGCGAGACAUAUGCUCUGGUGUUCCUCGGAACUCACUCAGAAAGAAGCAGAAACAGAGAGCUGGCCUCGGUAAUAUAUUUGAUGACACCAGCCAGCCGGCAAAAAGAUCCCCACUGUUGGUGGACGGGUCCUACCAGUCUUUGGAGGCUUUGCCUAUAGAGCACCUUCAAAUCGUGUUUGUUGCAUCCUCUUCCUGCAGUGAGGAUGACUCCUCCACCUCCACCACCACCUCCACCACCCCUUCCUCCUCCACCACCACUGUUAGCACCCCUGCAUGUCAACAACGCCCUGCUGCAAAGAAAAACAUCGCCAACGGUUACGCCAAUCCCGCUCCACCCAGAGUGCACGAUGUGAGGGCAAAGGGCAAAAAAACACCCGCAAAGAUUGCCGCCAAUAAGCGGAUGACUGGAAAAGACAGAGAAAGAGCCAAGAAAGCGGAAACUGAGAAGAAGAGAGGGGUUGAUGAGGAGGGUUUGGAUGCUCCUCCGGACGGGUGGCCCCUCCGUCGGGUCAUCUCCAUCGAGGAGGACCACCUGCCCCACCUGCUCCAAGGAGGGCCGCAGCUCCUACUGCACCAGCUCAGCGAGGAGGAAGACGAGGUGGACGAUGAGGAGGAUGAGGAGCCUCAGACUGACAUUGAAACAAGUGUCGUCGUGGCGACCGACCUCUCCGCCACCCCGCCCUCCAGUCACAUUUCUGUGUCGGCAGAAAGUCCUCCGGCGAGGAAAACCCGCUUCACCCUCGCAAAAAAGAUGCCCAUGUCCCCGAGAGGACAGCCGGUCGGGAAGGAGACACAGCAAACAACUGAAGCAGCCCUGUUUGCCCCGGACCGUCUCUUUAAAGUGGUCCUGGUUGGAAACUCGAGUGUAGGCAAGACCUCCCUGCUACGCUCCUUCUGUGAGGGUCGUUUCCACCCUUCCACUACUGCUACUGUGGGUAUUGACUUCAGUGUGAAGACACUAACACUGGACAACAUGCAGGUAGCUAUGCAGCUCUGGGACACGGCAGGUCAAGAGAGGUACCGCAGCAUAACCAAGCAGUUCUUUCGCAAAGCAGACGGGGUUGUGGUGCUGUACGACGUCACCGUGGAGGAGAGCUUCAGAGCUGUGAAACCCUGGCUCGUCAAUGUCCAGGAAGCAGCAGGAGAAGGGAUCCCCAUCCUCCUUUUGGGCAACAAAAUGGAUAUAGACAGAGAGCGAGAGGUGUCGUUUAAAGAAGCUGAGCAGCUGGCUUAUGAAAACAGAGUGAUGUUCUUUGAGGUCAGUGCCUACACUGGAAAGAACGUGACAGAGGCCCUGACACACCUGGCCAGAGUGCUAAUGGAGCAGGAGGACAGGGUGAGAGACACAACAGUCAACCUGAGUGCUCAGCCCUUAAAGAAGAGAGCCUGCUGCAAGUAAAGAGCACACUCCACCUCCUGAGUUUUAGAGCAACUUUUAAACCUGUUAGAAGACAACAACGAAAAAUCAUUCUUGGACUUUCUUACACUAUCUGUAGAAUGUGUCUUUAAACAAGCGGUCUUCAUUUUGGGCCAAAAAUGCACAAUGUGAAGGACUGUGUUGCCCAUGUGAACAUAAUGUCAAGAACUUGAAGUCACAAUCUCAAAGAUCUCCAUUUAUUGCUCUUUGGCGACACCUAUGGUGAUAAAUGGGAACAGCAUGUGUGAUUUGCACUUGUUUUUGAGGUCCAUCGCCUGUAGUUAUCGCUCUUUUUAUCCGGUAAUUUACUUGCAACUCUGUUGGAGCGUCGUCUGCUCUCUCUUGGGGACCAACCAGGACUGGCUGAUGGAAAACAGUGCGCAACGGAGCUAAUCAUUCUAUCAGGACAAUGCUUUUAACUCCACCAGAAACACCUUAGUGUGUUUCAGAAGCGACUCUCUGCUCUGCUCCGCUAAAAAAAAAUGCACCUAUUUUGUGCUCUUUUGAAUGAAGUUGGACACAAAGCAGAUAGAGAGCAAAAACAGUACAUGAAUUAUAUAUUUUUUAAAAUAAUGAGGAUGAAUAUAUUUCAGGGCUACAUGGUGGUGUAGUGGUUAGCACCGGUCCGACUCCAGCCUGCAGCUCUUCUGUGUGGAGUUCGCAUGUUCUCCUCAUGUUUUCUCCAGCUCCUCCGGCUUCCUCCCACAGUCCAAAGACAUGCAGCUUAGGUUUAAUUGGUGACUCUAAAUUGCCCGUAGGAGUGAAUGAGAGCGUGAAUGGUUGUCUGUCUCUAUGUGUCAGCCCUGUGAUUGUCCAGCUGGGGUCCGAGUUCGAAAAAGCGGUUAAGGAUGAUGAAUGAAUGAAUUAAUGUAUUUCUAACAAGUUAAGCACAGCCUUAAAUCUUUGAUCCAUGGCGUUUAUAACUGGACUUUUGGACGAUUAAGGAGGAAAUAACAAUAUAAUAAUGAAACAGAAACAAUGAAAACAGACGCAUAGGAAACCUUAUAACUAAGUAGCUUACUUAUUGAUGAUAAAAGGACUAAUACAUAUAUUAGUCUAGACGGAUUUCAGAAUAAAGGCCUUCUAUAAGAAGUGAGGAGCAUUUAAGGGUACAAGUCAGGAACCGGCCUACCUUACAUAUCUCAAGGGUGCUGAGUCCAAAAAAAAUGGUUCCCAAGCGAAAUUUUGAGUUUUUGACCUUCUAAUUUGUAUAUCAAAUGGCCACCAAAUUGCCCAUCUUGCACAGUCAUUGGACCAUUUCCCCUUAGUUUUUUUGUAAGUAGGCAAUCAAGAUGAGGAAAUUAAGUUUCUGGAUCUAUAGUCUAGGGUCAGAGCAAGGAUAUAGUGGAGGCUCAGUGUCUUUUUAUGUAUAUAUAUAUAUGCAAAAUACCAACUGGAACAUUUAAAAGUGAUAUUGAC